AUGCAGUCCGUUCUCACCAUUGCCACCCUGGUCACCGCCGCCUUCGCCGGCGUGAUCCCCCGAGAUGAAGACAACGGACCCGUCAACAUCCCCGUCGACAGCGUCGGCAACCCCAAGGGCGAUACGGUUCAGGCCAUUACGCACUUGUACAUCUGUUCCGACGCCAACUUCUCCGGCCGUUGCCAGAACUUGGAGUCCAACACCGGCCAAUGCUUCAGGCUGCAUCUAGACGAUUUGGGCAACGGCUUCAACGACGUUGUUUCAUCGCUUGGGCCUGAUGCGGGAACUUCUUGCACUAUCUGGGAGAAUGCUGGAUGCACGGGAGCCUCCAUCGUCAAUAUUGUCAACCCUGGCAUCUACAAUCUCGCUGACUCCAACUGGAACUUCAACGACAAGAGUCCGGGUUACGCAUCUUAUCCAGCACCGCCGAUCCAAAACUACGGCCACUCUGAGGCGGAUGACAGAUAG